AUGCCUGGACGCAGCUUGGGUCUACCUAUCGGAUACAAUCGGUCGUCAUGCGGCUACUGCCGUGCAGAAAAUCAGGAGAAACAAGAAAGAAGCUUCUCGUACGGUUUUCUUGCGUACCGUCUUGAACCAGAUCAUUAUCAGACGUUACUUGACCAUGGAUGGCGCCGCUCAGGAGAUUAUGUGUACAAGCCAGACAAUUCAAGGACUUGCUGCCCACAGCAUACGAUCCGGCUCGAUGCUCAGGCGUACCGGCCGUCGAAAGCGCAGCGCCGCGCACUGAAUCAAUUGUACUGGACAUUGUGUGGUCGGCCAAAGCCUGCUCGUUGGAAGGGCAAGUGGGGUUCCACGGGUGCCUACGACGUUGAACACCAUGUCCGCUUGGUCAUGCACGAUGACUCCUCCGACAUCGUGGAUUUGUCAGACUCGUCAUGGCCGCCUUUGGAAGCACCAUACGACAGCAUUCCCAACGAACGGAUCAAACUUUCGCUUCGGAGAGCAACAUCUACAGAUGAAAAGUAUGCACUGUUUCGCCGCUACCAGAAGCAUAUACAUCGAGAAGCCGAAGACGAAAUCAGCUCUCGCCGAGGCUGGGAACAGUUUCUUGUUCGCGCACCAUUUCCUGAUGAGGGUGAUGGACAGGACAAAGCGCAUGCAUUCUUUGGCGUAUACCAUCACGAGUACCGAUACAAGGGCCAAUUGUUGGCCGUAGGUGUGCUUGAUAUUCUGCCCCACUGUGUGAGCAGUGUGUACUUCUUCUACGAGCCUGCCUACGCUGAUUGGGAACUAGGCAAAAUCAGUGCAAUGGUGGAAAUCUGUUUAACGAAAGCACUGAGUCGUCGAAUCUCUUCGCUGCACUGGUACUAUAUGGGCACAUCAUACCGACUCCCUGAACCAUUACCGCCGGGGUAUCUUAACUUCGCAGCCGUACAAAGGAAAGCUAGUCAGUGGCUUGUGCUGGACACAUCAACUUUUCCGCCGUUGCUGACAACAUUCGAGGUCAUAUGCACUCGCUCUUCACAUGAGAUGUCUCACGCCAUUAGUAGCUUUUUCUCAGCACUCGGGGUGUCAAUAGGCUCGCUCAUCGUUGCGCUCGCGUGCGACUAA